CCGGGGAGGGGCUUCCCCGCGGCGCCCCGGCCGCGCUGCGCUGCCGCACGUCCUCGGAGCCCUCGCUGGUCUUCCUCGCCUUGGCCGCGGCCUCGCCGUCGCCGGAGCCCCGCGGCAGGUCGGAGUGCAAGUCAGAAUGCCUACUGCUUCAUGUGCACAUCCAGAUUUACACCUUUACUGUCUUUUGAAGUUGAGGUAGCAAACGGGACACAGGAAGAGUCCAAGUACAACUUAAGACCAUGGCAGCACACUGGAGAAAAGUCCUGAUAAUAUGUGUGACAGCUCAAGUACUACUUGUAAAUGCCUUUGAGGAAGAGGAUGUACCUGAGGAAUGGAUUCUUCUUCAUGUUGUUCAAGGUCAGAUUGGAGCUGGAAACUACAGCUAUUUGAGACUAAAUCACGAGGGAAAGAUAGUCCUUCAGAUGCGAAGUUUAAAAGGUGACGCAGACUUGUAUGUAUCUGAUGUGACACUUCACCCCAGCUUUGAUGAGUACGAGUUACAGUCUGUAACCUGUGGCCAGGACAUGGUCCAUGUGCCUGCACACUUCCGCCGCCCCGUGGGAAUAGGGAUUUACGGCCAUCCCUCUCACCUGGAGAGCGAGUUUGAAAUGAAAGUGUACUACGAUCGAACAGUUGUACAGUACCCAUUUGGUGAGGCUUCUUAUAACCCUGAGGAGAUGGAGGCAAACCAGAAAUACUCACAGUCUACAGAAGAUGAAUCUCAGGAUGAGGAGUCUGUUUUCUGGACUAUACUUAUUGGAAUCUUGAAAUUAAUACUUGAAAUUCUUUUUUAAAUUGAUACAUACUGGACUAAGUCACACUUCAGCCUGUGAAAUUGAGUAUCAAUGACAUGCUGUAAUAUUUAAUACUCUUUGUUAUGUUUCCUGAAGAGGUAUUCAGGUUACAUUUCCUAAACCAGAAAGGAGGCGGGGAGAAAAAGCCAUAUUUAAUUUUAUAUUGUAAAUCCUCCCCUAUAUGUAAAAUGAGCAACAAGCACAGUAUUUGCAGUGCUCUUCAGAGAUCAGGGCUUAAAAAUGAAUGUAUAGUUGGGAUCUUGUUAACUUCACUUUUAAAUAGGUGCUUAGAAAGAUCAACUCCAAUUCAGUAUUUUCUAUUGUUUUUUAUAAAGAAAAAUGAAAUAAACUCCUGUACUUCAGUCCCCCCCCAAAUAUCCUCAAUUUAGAGCAUAUUUAAAAAUAAAACCUGCUGCUUUUCAAGCAAGUAUCUCCACUAAAACUAACUAGCAAUGGGUUUGAGUGUAUUCAUCAAGUUGAGGAGCCUAGGGCAAAGGAAGGAGAAAACAAUCACCUAAGGGGAUAGGUGGUCUGUAUUUUGGCUGUGUGUGCUCUGCAUGACAUCAACCAUCUGUCAAGCAGAGAUCUAUCCAGUCACUCAUCGCCACUGCAAAUCCAUGACCUGAAUGAAGUGCAUGUUGCUUCUUUGCUGUUACUGUAGUGAGAGGGAGCCUUCAGCUGUUGUUACUUGUCAGUAUGACAUCUCCAUGUCUCGUUAAAAACAACACAGCAUAUAGUAUCUCAAACUUGAGGGGUGCUUUCUUACACUUCCCUUUAUAGCUUUUUGUGAUUGAUCUCUUUUUUUUAGCACAUCUUUAUGCAUAAGUCAUUAGCUUGCAAAGAAAAUUUCUGCUGAAAGGAAUUUGCAGUACACUGUCAGAAGGUCAUGUCAUACCCAUUCUUCCUCUAAAGUUACUUUUCCCAGGAAUAUUUUUUCUUUGGUUGAGUCUUUCAAAAUAACCAGUUGCUAUGCAAGUAGAGUAUAUUUAAAAUGCUCUGUAGUUUUCUCUUCAUGGAGCUUACUGAUGAGUGCACUAAAAUAAACAAGUACAUUACUAUAAUUUUAUACAAGUGGUGGAUAUACAAUUUAAAUUUCAUUACUGAAAGACUUCUCUUUCGGAGUGGAAAUUUGUUUUGUCUAUCUCAACAUCUGACAGGACAUGAUUAGUGACAUUUAUCACAAAGAAAUAAUUAUAUAGACAAAUUUAAAAGUUUAUUUGUUAAAAAGAAAAAAAAAAGUGGUAUUGUUCCUCUAAGAGUGGUUGAUUAAAUAGCACCAAAGUAUCACUUUAAUUUGUGCAUUUAAGUUUUGGAGAGCAAGUUUUUGGGGUUUUUUUAGCCCUCUUUGCUGUUUUUCCCCCUUCUUCCUCCUCUUCUGGGUACAGGAGGGUCUUUUUGACAACAAUCACAAAUCCAGCGACCUAAGAAAAGAAAGUUAUCAAUUAUUGGGAAACUAAGUUUGUUACUCAUCUAAUUAUGCACCUUUCAUUAUUCUAAUAGGUGCUUAUCUAUUUGCAGUACUUCCUUUAAUGCAAAAAACCAGUGCGUUUCUUUAAAAUUAAGCAUCUUUUCUAUAAAGCAGCAUAUACAAUUCGUGCUCCCUUGCAGACCCCUUACAUGUAACCACUGGCUACACAAAUCCUUGUGGACCUCAAGAAGUGUCAGCACUGCUAAGGAGGUGGUUAUUAGAUAAGACUUGACAAACAAUGCUCAAGUUUGCCAGUUAUAUUUUCAGGUGAAUGACUAUAGUUCAAGGUUAUGGGAAGUUAACCAGAGCAGAAAUGAAUGGCAGUUGGGGAGGCAUUUAACUGUUUAUAUUACAACAGCUGGAAUCAUAAAGGCUGCCUUGGUAAUUUUAUAGGAUUUUAGACAUAUGAUUUAUUUUGUUUACAUUCUUAAGUCAGCCUGAAAGUGAAAUCAACCACAGAACCUGUACUAAAGUGACAGCUAGCACCAGUGCUUCCCUAAAUGGGACUGUACAGCAUUUUUGAAGUACUGUCCAGGGCAUACUGUCACUGCCACAGAAUACUUAUUCAUAAACUUACUUACCAUGGAUUUAGUAUUACAUGUAAAGCAACAAUAGCACCUGUUAUUUUCUUUCUACAGCCUUGAGUUAGCGAGAUGAUAUGAGUGACUGGGUAAUUUAAAGGUACAGGCUGCCUGCCUGCCAUAGAGGUACUUCAGUUAGAGCUUUGAUGUUUAAGUAAAAAAGGGAAGGAAAGGGUUUAAAGAGGUGUUUACAAAUAUUGAAACUACUUUUGAAUUUAGAAGCUGAAACAGCUGCACCAACAAUUAAUGUGAAAGCUACGCACUAGCAAUAUGCAGCAAUACAGUCUCUUUUACAAGUUUCUUUCAUUAAAAGAGGUAAUUACCCUCAGUGUUCUAUGGAUAUGGAAAAAAAAUAGUUCUGAGUGAGCCUGUUUGGUUUAUGUUGUAAAAGCCCAUUAUAUUUCCUAUACAGGAAUUGCCAGGUUAAACUGUGCACAACCAAAUAUACAGAAAUAAAGCAUAUUAAAAAAAUCAGGUCCUACAGUAUGAAUGCUUUCCUACAGUAUUUCUUACUGCUACCCUUCACACUUGUUUUAAACUAUUCUUUCAAAAGCAGUGCAUGGAUUAAUGUUGAGAGAGAGCACCCAGGACUCAGAGGAGGUGUGAAGGGAACAAGUAACUCUUCCUUGAUUACCUGAAGGGAUAGCGUCAAGCCCCACACAAAAAGUGUGAUAACCACGGUCACAUACGUCACAGAACAUCAUUUCUUCUUCAUGGUGAGGCUGCCCACAUAUAAUGCACGUUUUACACUCCAUACAUUGCCAAGGAUAAGUCUUAAUCAUAGCAACAAGCUCCGGGGUCAUAUCAAGGCAAGAAGGGUGGCCUAGAUUAAAACCAGUAUUAUUAUUUUUAUGUCUGAAAUGAAAUUUAAAAUUAGUUACACUCUUUGCUUUUACCAAAGCUGAAGCUUAGCUCACCUCCUGGUGAGAUCCCACAGUGUGCUACUACAUACAACAUGGAAGAGAGAUGGAGUCUUAAUGAAGGACAGAAAAGGCAACUGAACUGUUGCUGCACAUGUGUAGGACACUCAAUAUGUCCACAAAAAGAUCUGUCAAACAAACUCCCUUAGGAAUCCACUGAGUGUAUGCAGAUACUUACCACUGUUGUCACACUGGGAGCAAUGUAUAAGAGCUUCAGCUUUUCCUUUCUUGUUGGAGUCCUUACCCUUCAGACAAAUUCCACAUAUAGCAUUUGGAAUGACCUUUGGCUGGAAGGGUAGAAGAGGGCUAUAAAUUUAUUCCAGAAGAAUUUACAGAUUCAACAGGAAAUGUCAUCUAUCUCCUUAACUAUUAAAAUUAAUAAACUGUUAGGAUGUGUGAACCUUAAAACACGUGACAAUAACUGACAAGCAGCGGCACUGAAAAAAAAAUCAUACAUUAAGUACAUAAAAUUUUCCAUUUGUCAUACAUAGUGAGUUAUAUAUAAAUCAAACUGUAUCAAAAUCAUGUACUUGCUUCUUCCCAUGAAUUCAUCAGCUGACAUGCUCCUCAAUGUAAACUAAACAUGACAGGAUGAAAAAUUUCACUAAGUUUUUUCCAAUAUAGAAUACUACAUUAUGAACUUCCAUGUGGAUUUCCUGUUUAUGGAGGAAAUUAUAUACAAUUUAUUUGCAUUACAUUUGUCCCUAAAUAGAGAAAAUUAAUUACAAAAGUAAUAAACUUGAUUUUUUUCUAUCUAGCUUCAAAUUAUCUGGUUAGCUAUCCCAUACAGAGCUCUCUCUUUUACUAUUCCUUCUUGUAUCCACUCAUAAUCACUAUAAGAAACAGAGCCUUGCAUUUAACUACAGAUUUACAUGCAUAAUUUUUCUAAGUGAUCAUGUGGAAUGUGUCUGGGUCCAUGAGAUCCAUUUAAAAGGUAAGAGAAAUAGCAGGCUGUUACAAUGGGGAACAUUUGUCUACGUGUGUCUAUUCUGUGUCCCAGCUCCAGAGAUACACCAACAGUUUUAUCCCACUGAGGAAGAAGCACGGCAUUACAAAUUUCAGAAACAUGGCAGUAGUUGUGUUGUUGAGCUUUGACCACUGCAUAACGACAUUAGUGACAAAUGUAGUUUACACUUAAUGCAGUGCUCACUGAUGUUAAACUGACUAAUGCCAGUGUUUUAAAAACAAUGGUGCUGCGUAGACACAGCUAGUAGAGAGAGCUGAAGGCAUAUCCUCUUCUAAACAGCUUGUCAGUAAGCAAGAAGGAUCCCAGUCAACUACCAAAUACACAUCGAGAGAAGAAUGCGGUUUAAAGUAAAUUUAAAAAGUGAAAACACAAAUAUAUAUAUAUAUUUAAAAAUAAUUACUGAGAUCUUUUGCAAUACAACUUAUCUUAAAAUGUGUUUAUUUCUCAAGCCAGUUUUUCCUGGCACCUAGUGAGAUAAUUAAAAUCUUGACUCACUGUUAGAGUCGUCAGGAUACAAUGCUUCAAGUUUUCUGAAGUUUUCAAUCUGAUUUUUAUGUCAAAAAUGGCUACAGCCUACUUCAAAUUGUCUGAUCUAAAGAGUUUUAUUCAAGAAAGCAAACUACCACACCAGAUGUUUAUAGGUAACUUCCUUCAAAAGAUGACAGAGGCAUUCAUAGACACUUUUUUUUGCUUAUUUAUUUUAAAAAAGCAAAGUCAACCUGUUUUAUACAUAAAUAUAAUAAAACAAUAAAAGAAGUCUAACAUUCACAAACAUCUCUACAAAAUAAUAAAUAUAAUGGAGGCAAAACCACAUACAAACUCUUUUACUGUUAACUAUACUAUGCGUCCUACAUAUAUACCUUUAUACCCUGCUCCUCCCAACAAAAGUGGCACAUGCUUAAACCUCAUCAGUGUGGCAGCAUUUACCCUUCUAUUGUUUAGGCUAUAUUCUAUUUUUUUUUUAAUUGUGUUUCAAUCUAUAUCUAGGAAAACCAAGCCUUUCUAGAAUAGCAAGUUCUAAUCAGACUUCUAGCUUUGUAUUUUUCUAGAUUUGUAUUUUAUUUACUGCCUUUAAUAUACAACAGCACACUCCCUUGGUUCUCCAGGCAAACGAAAGUGAGCACUGUACCUGUGUUAGGGUAUGUGCAGUUCACACUCUGAUAAACGUAACUCUCAAGAUAGACAUUGAUGUAGAUGCAUUUAUUAACAAUGCUUCCAUCUAGUCUUACUUCACUAAAUUGUAUUCAUUAGAUACUGUGCAUGUUAGGGGGCAUGAAAAUCACAGCCUAGUAAUAAUGAAGUUCCAACAGUAUGGAAGUAUAUUUACAAAAAAAAAAAAAAAAGACUAUUUAUAUUUCAAACCAGCUCAAUUCUACCACCAUAAAUGGCUUUUAGAAAUGCUAUAAAAAACAUCUGUCAAACCUAAAUGGGAAGUCACAAUAUCCCAUUUCAUUAGGAGUAAAUUUUGCUUUCUAUGCCCUCAUCUUAUUGGGAUAAGGAUGGGAGAGAAAAUGAAUGCAAGGUCAAAACAAUGACUGCCUGUUCUGUAAGUUUUCACUUCCACGCUGCUGUGCUGCAGCUCUCAAAGUCAGCUUUCCAACUACACCAUUCUUAUAACAUGCUAUUCUGAAUGCAAAGCAUUACAUUUUCAUAUGCAGUGACCCAAAACGGAAGUGUUGCAAAAUAUAGAUUCUCAAUACAUUUCAGUUUUAUGUGCAAAAAAUCUGUACUUUUAACAGUACCCUGUGUGUGCAAUUGUAGUAGUCAGUCCUGCAGCAACAAAGACUCGCUACUUGUAACAUGACAAAAUGUAAAACACAUGCUAAUUGUUCUUUGUUAAAGAACUGACAAUAAAAAAGACGCCAUAUAAAAUACAGUA